CUCCUAAACAAUGUCCAAGUACAAGGAUCUGGUGAAACUGUCGACGACGUACGCCCGCCGGAUGAACCACCUCUCGAAUAGGAUAUUCGGUGAAGUGACGCGACCGACCAACCCGCAAUCGAUGAAGGUGGUAAAAAUGUUCAGCGAAGAGCCGAUCCAGUGCCGGGAUUACGUUGUGAAUUGGUACCCACGGCACGUCGAGACCCAUCUGCUGGCCAUGAAGCUGCGGGAGUACGGUCUGUUCCGGGACGAACAUCAGGACUUUAAGGAGGAAAUGAAACGACUGCGGGCACUGCGAGGAAAAGCCCCACCGAAGAAGGGCGAAGGCAAACGUGCGAAGAAGUAGGAUGUGGAUUUUCUGGGAGGAAGUAAAGCAAUGUAAGUCAUGUUUUAAAA